AUGGUGGGAAAUCUGCAACGUGGCACUGGGUGGUUGUUGGUGUCCCAGGGACUUUGCCCGGGGUUUGGAGCUGCUCUGUGCGGGACGGACGCUCCCAGCUCCCGUUCCCAGCCAGGAGCAGACUCUGCUGAGUUCCAUCAGCCAGAUACUGCCAAGCUGACAGGCUUCUCCCUGUGCUCCAGAGUCCUUCCCUGGCCACCUGGCUGCCCACCUGUGCAGCUGCACAUCUCCCCUGGCUCCACCUGCACAGCUGCACACUCCCUCCCCUGGCUCCACCUGUGCAGCUGCACAUCUCCUCGCAUUGCUCCACUUGCGCAGCUGCACAUCUCCCCUGGCUCCACCUGCACAGCUGCACAUCUCCUCCCAUUGCUCCACCUGCGCAGCUGCACAUCUCCUCCCAUUGCUCCACCUGCGCAGCUGCACAUCUCCCCUGGCUCCACCUGCACAGCUGCACAUCUCCUCCCAUUGCUCCACCUGCACAGCUGCACAUCUCCUCCCAUUGCUCCACCUGCGCAGCUGCACAUCUCCUCCCCUGGCUCCACCUGCACAGCUGCACAUCUCCUCCCAUUGCUCCACCUGCACAGCUGCACAUCUCCUCCCAUUGCUCCACCUGCGCAGCUGCACAUCUCCUCCCAUUGCUCCACCUGCACAGCUGCACAUCUCCUCCCAUUGCUCCACCUGCACAGCUGCACAUCUCCUCCCAUUGCUCCACCUGCACAGCUGCACAUCUCCUCCCAUUGCUCCACCUGCGCAGCUGCACAUCUCCUCCCAUUGCUCCACCUGCACAGCUGCACAUCUCCUCCCAUUGCUCCACCUGCACAGCUGCACAUCUCCUCCCAUUGCUCCACCUGCACAGCUGCACAUCUCCUCCCAUUGCUCCACCUGCACAGCUGCACAUCUCCCCUGGCUCCACCUGCAGCUCUCCCCUGCGGCUCUCCCCUGCAUUGUCUUCCCCCGUCGCGGUGCUGCUCCUCGUGCUCUGGAGAUGAGCAGCAGUAGCAGAGUGACCGUAAGAAACGUGUGUGGAAGGUUUGAGAGGCUUUUACUCCGUGUUGUUUUAAUGAGAUGGCUUUUAGGAUCCGUGCUGAACUGGUUUUCUUUAACCAUCACUGCCACAGUUUCUUUCUCCCCCCUCCUCUUCACUUCAUACAGAUUGGCAAAAUACAUUUGACUGGGAAAAAAAACCCCAACCCAAACAACGCCAAACCCUGCUGAUGGGAUAAGUUGCUCCUCUUUACUGCGCUUUGAUUUGAUUUCUCAGGAUACCCAGAGGUUUUUCACUGCUGCUGAGAGGGGACAGUAGACCUUUUUGGAGACUUCAACCACUGUAACAGUUUUCCAGAUGUGUGUGUGCGUGUGUGUGUGUGUAACCCAGCACUGUGCGUGCGUGUGUUCUGCUGAGUAUCGUGUGCAUCUCUGAAAUGCUUCAAACAACUGCCUGGAAGUCAGAAAAACCAACCACCUCUUUCCAGUCAUAUGUUUGCCGUGACUUUUCAUAACCACACUUGAAACUAGUGGUCUUGGAUGGAAAUAUUCAAAGAGCAGGGCAUCUUUAUAGCAAUGGUAUGUCAGUCGAAUUACGGAAAAUGUACACAAAAAUAAAUAAAUGAAAUUUAAAAG